AUGUACCGCUGGCUUUGUACGGCUACGGAUGCGCGGUCAUCCAGUCUAGUGGGUUAUCUAUUGAGACCGAGUGAAAGAGUUCAUAUUGUAAAGAAUGCUGCCCAUAAUAUAAUUCAAGUUGUGUUAAGUGAAAGCUUGGCUACACUGGAAGAGAGGGUGUAUGCUGCGUGGGUAUGUAAACACAUUCAUACCUGUCGAAUAAGGAAGAAUAACAUUGGCAAGUGGACAGUUAAGCUACUUCUAACUCCACCCAAAGGCAUUACAAGAGCCAGGUUCAAUGCCGAGGCCAUUGCUGACAAGGCCAUUGCUGACAAGGCCGUUGCUGACAAGGCCGCGGAUUUUUCCCUAUAUAAAAUGAAUGAUACCUUAACAGCAGAAAUAGAAUCCAUUAAGACGAUAUUCGAAGACUUUUCAUGUCAAGCAAAAGACGACGGCACCUUAACACUGCCUCUGGUACCGUAUCCCGGAAACCCGGAGCAUAAUAUUGUCCAAGUAACUCUAACCUUAUCCGGCCUGGAGAACUAUCCGGAUACAGUUCCACAAAUAUCUUACUUGAACGAGAGAAAUAUUGACGAUGUGCGGCGAUCGGAGAUUCGUGGUCUGGUAAAUAAUCUAGUGGAGACGCACCAGGGUUUCGAAAUGCUAUAUGACCUAUAUACGGAGUUGACCACGUAUUUACAGGAACAUAACACGGAGAUCCUGUCGGUGCACGACAAAAUGCAGGGGGCUAGUGGCACGAGCAAGGUUCUUGAGAACGUGAUCGAAGUGCCAUGUUUCGACUCGUCUUCCGACCGCGAUCACAGCGACAGUGAUGUCGACCCAGAUGCAGGCCGUCUUGCUGACAAGGAGGUGGUGCAGCCGGACUACCGCGUCACGGAGCAGCAGUUUUUAGAGUGGAAAGCGCAUUUCAAACACGAAAUGAUCAACUCAGGCAAGUGGAAGGACGUAGACCUCGUGGACUCCAGGCCAACGGGUAAACAACUCUUCACCAGCGGCCAGGUCAAGGAGGAACCCGCACUCGCCAGCCAGGAAGUUAUGUAA